AUGAUGCAAAUAGAAGAUCUGGUGCCGGGUCAUGAGGUUUUGCCAGAGGGAAGCGAUCCAUCCCAUAAUAAUAAGAAAAUGGGAAAAGGCAAGCAGCAACAGCAACAUAUGAUAUUAUUUGCUCAUCCGGACAAUAAUGAAGCAAAUCCUAGUGAUGUAAAGGUUGAAAGCAAGAUCGUGCGUAGGGACAACGAGCGCCAAAGAAGACAACUUAUGGCAGUUCUAAAUGCAUCUCUUCGAUCCCUCCUCCCUCAUGAAUUGAUCAAGGGAAAGCGUUCAAUCUCCGAGCUCAUGAACGAGGCGGUGAAUUAUAUAACGCAAAUGAAGAGGAAGAUCCCAGAAUUGAAUGCUAAGAAAGAAAAGCUUAGAAGGUUGUAUGAAUAUGAUUCUAGUGCACAAGAGUUUGGUCUAGAAAAUGAAACUUUGGGUCAUGAUUUGGUUAACUCCGUGACCAAUAUCAUGGUUGGGCCAACUUGUUUGGGGGGAGUGGAGGUUGUGAUAAGCAGUAGCUGCAGCGAGGAUGAAGGGUUGCCUCUUUCAAGAGUGCUGAAAUUGUUGCUUGCUGAAGGCCUUUGUGUUGUUGAGUGUGCUUCCACCAGAGUAAACGAAAGGGUCUUCCACACUAUUCAGUGCGAGGUCGACGAUUUGGAAUGUGUGGAUUUGUCUGAGUUGCAACGGAAAUUAAAUUUGCAAAUCUGA